GGCCACUGCGCAGUGCGUGCGCUCUAUGGUAUAUGACCACCAAGGGACUUUCUACAAUUGUUUCUCCUUUGCUCCAUACGUCGCUCACUUUAUUCUUGAAAGGAGGUCUCAAAUCUACCGAUCUUUAUCAAUCCGAUGUCUUCCGAAUUAUACCACGCUUUGAUACGGACCCACCAUAUCACCUCCCGUCGAAAGGUAUCCGUACUUACAAAGGCAGCUCGAAAGCAUUCCUGCCUGGUUCUCCUUCGUUCUGGCGCUUCUCCAGGAUUGAUGUAUUGUGAGGGUAUGGAGUCAAGUGUUAACGCGUGGGUAUCAGUUGUCGAGCAUCUUCGAUAUAAGGACUUCCAUAUGGUUGCUAGACCAGCUCCUGUUCCCGUAGAAAUUCAGGGAAGCAAAAUUGAUCGGCUUCAAAGUCCCACUAGAGGGAUCUAUGAAUAUGGCUCGAUUCACGAAUUCGCGGGGCAAAUGAGUCUCCUUGGCCUGCAAGAUUGGUGGGCCACCAUGAUGGGAUACAAAUAGUUCCUGUCUGAAGCUGUCAUCGAAUCUCUGUAUCAAUAUGUCAUAAAGAUCAGGGAGACGCAGAGAAUGAAAGACUGAAAAGAAGAGACCGAAAUCCCGAGACAAACAAAAAUCAUACGCCACCCACUCCA